AUGAAUGAUACUAAUAAUAUUGUUGAUAUUGAACAACAAACACCAGAAAUUAUCUUUGUUUCACUGUUAAAUGAUAUGAUUGAUCAAGUUUUGUUAAUGCGUAAACAGCAUCUUGCAAGACUGAAUAGAGAACGCGUACACCGUUAUCGAGAACGAAGGCGACAAGCUGAUAAAUCUGCAUAUAUGCUACAAGUGCGAGAACAAAAACAACGGUAUCGAGCAUCACGACGAUCUAAUCAUCUUCACCAUCAAUAA